AUGAGUCUUCGCUUAUCGUCUCUCGACCCCAACCAGCCCCGGGCUGCAAAAGACUGCCGAACCUGCAACCGCCGAAGAAUCAAGUGUGAUCGGAGCCUUCCCACAUGCAAGAAGUGCGCCCUCAAAGAACUAAAAUGUCCUGGUUACGGUCUACGCAUUCAAUGGGGUCAAGGAGUAGCCAGUAGGGGCAAACUCACGGGGAGAGCCUUGCCCGUUCUCGAGCCUGCCCCGUCUCCCAUCCCCAAUUCUACUGGUCCAAAUCAAGAGAGAGCGAGCCCCAGAAGUCUCACUCCUGCAGAGUCGUCGGACUCACGCGAGCAGGGUUUCGAUUCCGUGCAGCGAGCAGAACCCGACCGUCCCACGACGGUCCCUCAUACGCUCCGGAAUGCGUUUCAUCCAGUCUAUGACGAAAGCGCCUUCCGAAAUCCGUUUGCCCUAAACCUUGAUCUGUCGGCAUAUCAUCUUCCAGAGUACUUGCACGGAAAAUCGGUUCAGAAGCUCAUCCACUACUUUGACAAUGUGGUUGCACGGAUUAUGCCUUGGGUUGACGGACCGGAAAAUGCCUGGCGAACAUUGAUGCUGCCCCUCGCCAUGGAAUCGCCCUCACUCCUCCUCGCCAUCUUGGCCCUGUCGGCGGAACAUUAUUCGUCAAAGAUGGGAUCGACCUGGUCGACCGACGAUGGUCUUUGCUCCAGCCACUACCGGGACAAAAGCUUGUUGUUACUGGCCCAAAAUUUGCGGACCGAGAUAACGGAGGAUGCGUCGGUGGCCCGUCGGGGUGCGGCCAGCGCCAUGUUGGCCACGAUUCUGAUUCUUUGCAAUCUGGAAAUGAUUCGAUGCGAUUCAAUUAUUUGGCGUGUCCACUGGAAAGCGGCCAGAACCAUUACAAGACGAUGGACCUCUCAUCAUCACUCUUCCCACGUCCUCGACGAUACGUGUCGAUUUCUCGUCAAGGAAGCAUUCGUCUAUGACGUUUUUGGGUCGUCGACGACGUUCGACAGCGACGGCGAGAUACUCUGCUCGGCCUUAAGUGAUAAAGAUGCCCAUGUCUUCACGGACUGGUUGCAACUGGUUCAGGAAGUGACUCGUGCUGAACGUUCUCGGCAUGACAACCUGUCGGCCGACGAGUACUCCCAGAGUCUGGCCGAUAUGCGAGUCUUGCAAGAUCGGUUUGAUUAUGCUCGAAAUCGCUCGUUGCAUUUCAGCCGGACCAUGGACUUCGGAUCCAAGGAGCUGUACAGUGACUUCACGGUUCUAAUUGACAUUUUUCACUAUGCCGGACUGGUAUAUGGUUACCAGGCCCUUGUCGACCCACAAGAAUGUGCCGCGGCAAAGCCAGCCUGCGUCAGUGCCGUCAUCAGCAGCAUCGGCCAGGUCGAAAACAGUAACGCAUUCCAGCACGACUUUGUCUGGCCCUUGUUCAUCGUCGGCACCGAGAGCAGACAUAACAGGGAGACACAAGCAUUUGCAGAGACCAAAUUACUGCAAGCCAUGAGCUCGACCGGGUUUUCCAACUGUUACCCAGCUCUAGAGUUUCUGCGACGUUUCUGGGCCACCGAUCCCACCCAUGUAGCCGAUUGGAUGCAAUUUGCUCGUCAAGAAUCAAGGCAAGGCUUGAAUUUCUUGGUCAUAUGA